CAGCCUUAAACCCCCCACCUAAAACCCUUGCAUUUUUUUUCCUACUCUGUGUUACCGUCCUCAACAAUGUCUCUGACACACAGAUCUUUCCUCUUUCCCUUUCUCUCUCUUCUUCUUCUUCUUCUUCUUCUUCUUCUUCCUCCCACCGCCUCAUCCUCGUCCAUACAAAACCUCCUUAAGAGCCAAGGCCUGCCCGGUGGUCUCUUCCCUGAAAAUGUUAAAUCCUUCGAUCUUGGCCAGAAUGGCCGCCUGGAAGUUCACUUGGACAGUCCUUGCAUGGCCAAAUAUGAGACGAGGGUGCAUUUUGAUAGUGUGGUUAGAGCUAAUCUCAGUUAUGGUGGGCUUGUGGGUCUUGAAGGUCUUUCCCAAGAAGAGCUUUUCCUUUGGUUUCCAGUUAAAGGGAUUAUAGUCAGUGACACAUCUUCUGGUUUGAUCUUGUUUGAUAUUGGUCUUGCUCGUAAGCAGCUCUCUCGUUCUCUUUUUGAAGAUCCCCCUGUAUGCAAGCCUCAAGGAGCUGUACCGGAGAAUUUUGGAAGGAAGAUGGGUUUUGCUGUUCUGGGAUGAAGACAAGAAGGCUUAGUUCAAAGAGAAUUUUCUCUUCCUUUUUCUUUUUUCCUGUCUUUAAUUCGAACUUGAAAAAGGAAAGUCUGGAGUAAAGUGCAUAGAUUCUAUAUAGGUUUGUAAAAAAAAAUGGAAACAGGGGAUAAGUUUGUGGAAUCAAAUGUUGAAAACUUUUUGGAUUUCUUAGAUUCUUAACUGAGUUAUAUCUAAUGAAAGUAUCUUAAUUAUUGUGUUUGUAUAA